AUGGCGGAGACGAGUGCUGCGGUGGCGGAGGAGCAGAAGAGGAUGAAGGUGUUGGUUCCCGUAGAUGAGAGUGAGGGGAGUUUGUACGCGCUGAGGUGGGCGCUCGACCACCUCUUUGGUUUGGAACCGCCGGAGCAGGAGCAAGCUGCCGUGACGUUAGUGAAUGUGCAGCCAACUUUCCAGCCAUUCAUCUAUCCAGCUGGCCCAGUUGUGUACGCAACUCCGGCGGUGAUUGAUUCGGUGAAGAAAGCGCAGGAGCAGAACGCUGCGGCCAUACUCGCGCGAGCGUUGCGCAUCUGCAAAGAGAAGAAGAUAAAGGCAGAAGCAUUGAUUCUACAAGGAGACGCUAAAGAUAAGAUAUGUGAAGCAGCAGAAGAACUGCACGUUGAUGUCUUGGUGAUCGGUAGUCGUGGGCUUGGAACCAUUAAAAGGGCAUUGCUAGGAAGCGUGAGCAACUACUGUGUGCAUCACGUCCAUUGUCCGGUCCUGGUGGUGAAGCCUCCUCCCAAACAAGCUCAUGAUUGA